UCGACAGACCACCCGCCAGCAAGAGCUUCCGUUUUUUAGGGUUUAGGGUUUUAGCGGCAAAACCGUUGUGGACGAGCGAGAGAACGCAGCCCCUUUCCAUAUACAACGCCAUCAUAGACAUGAAUCCUCCUCCUUUCCUCUUCUCUCCCCUUUCUGAAACACCAAGGCCACCCUUCUCUCUCACUGCCGGCCAACGAUGACCGGCCUCCCUUAUGCUUUCAAGGCAAAUUUUCAUGAUCCUAACGUCCCUUCGUGCCACCCUUCCGACGCACUAACCUUGUCUGCCGGCUGUCUCUCCCCUUCACUGAUCGACCCUUUUCCAGAUUUUGACGUUAUCGAAGAGUGGAUACUCGAACCAGAGUUGUCGGGAAUGCCGACUGGCGGAAACCCUUCCGAACACCUCGAAAACCUGAACUCAGGGAGCCCAAUUUCGAGUUCCGGAGUUAACUGCAUCCCGGCGGGAGAAAGUGCUAGUGGUGUUGUUGGGAACUCGUACUGCGAGAGUACGGUUUCGAGUUUUAUCGGUGAAAGGCCAUCUGCGGAGAAGCGGCUUUCGGAUUCUGGAGUUGGGGAGGGAGGUCGUGCGGCGGCAUUGAAAGCUGAAGUGGUUGACGGGUUUUUAAGGAAGAUGAAGAUUGAAGACGACAAUGAAUUUGGUAGAGGUGGUGAGGUUGCUGUACGUUUGAGGGAAAUAGUGGUUGAAGAGGAUGAUGGCGGGGGUGCGUUCGGUUCGGUUGGUGGUGAUUGGGAGAAGGGUGGUGCUAGUGCUGGUUCGGUUUCCGCAGGCGGUAAUGAGGAGAAAGAUGCUAUUGUGUCUGAGGAUCUUUCAUCGUCGUCGUCGUCUAGCUCGGGUUCUUCAAACAGCAGUGAGGAAGAGGAAGAAGAAAAAGAUGAUGCUGAUAAUGAUGAUGAUGAUGAGGAGGAGGAGGAGGAAGAAACAGGACCUGCUUCAUCAUCAGGGUCGUCCUCAUCAUCAUCUCUUGAGGACGAGGACUCGGAUAAUGCAGAAGUCGAAGAGGGCGAAAUAAGGGAUUUAAAAUCAAAAAAGAGUGGGGAGAUGUUUGCAGACAGCGACAUUGACGAGGAGGAAGAGAUGAUGAAAGGGCCAAUUAAGUCCAAGAAUGAGCUCGAUCCCGAGAAUCUUCCUCCUGUACCAUCGAUUGAUGUUGCCCUGGAGCCGCAACACGGCACUUUGCCUGUUGGCGUGGUUUUAUCAAUAAUGGACAACAAAGUAGUUGUCGAGGGGUCAGAGAAGCAUAAUCCACUGACUGAGGGCUCUAUUCUUUGGAUUACAGAGAAAAGGUUACCACUUGGACUUGUCGACGAGAUAUUUGGACCUGUAAAGAAUCCUUACUAUGUGGUCCGGUAUAACACAGACAAGGAAGUUCCACCUGGAGUCCAAGAAGGAACUGCAGUAUCUUUUGUUCCAGAGUUCGCUGACCAUGUUCUCAAUAACAAGGAUAUCUACAAGAAGGGUUAUGAUGCUUCUGGAGAGAAUGAUGAGGAGAUCGUAGAUGAGCUUGAGUUUUCUGAUGAUGAAAAGGAAGCUGAGUAUAGGAAAUCCCAGCAGCGGAAGGCCAAGAGAACAACGAAUGAUAAGAAAGUUAAGCAGCUGGAAUCCAUAGACAGAAAGAAGGUUCAAAACAGAGGUGGGUUCUCCAACAGAAAUAGAUCGUCUGAUUCAGCUGGUGUUAAAUCUUUGCCGCCACUGUCCUUGUCUGCAGUUGCACCUCUCAUUCCAAGCCAUGAGCCGAUGCAUCCUUCAUCUGGCCAAUUUGUUAAUGGCAUCUCUUUGCAUUCUGCAUGUCAACCACCUUUCCCUUCAAUAGCACCCCCUGUAUGUCCACCACAAGUUGUCAAUAGUCAGCAGAUGCCAAGUGUGUCUAUCCCUGCUGUAUGUUCACCUCAUAUUCCCAACGGUCAGCAGAUACCAAAUUUACCAUCUAACCAUUUUGGGCUUGUUGGCGGUUCAUUUACUCCUCUACUUGGACCUCUCACAUGUGGAACAAUGGCAAAUACUUUCAAUGCUCAUGGGCUUCCUGUACCAAGAACACAUGGAGUGCAGCAACCUAGUUAUCCUGUAAGCUCAUUGCAAAACUUUCAGCAGCAACCGCCCUCAGCUUGGACAACUAUGCCAUCAUGUCAACAGCAGCCGCAGCAGCAACCGGUGUUUUUUGGUGUGCAAAAUAGUCCCUGGAGAUGUGAAACAGCAGGUCAGCAACUGCCAGGCUUACUUGGGAAUCCUUUACAGGGUCUGCAAAAUUUUGCAUCACCAGGUGCAUUUCCACAGCAGUCAGUGCCACAGGCGCCUGGAUGCAUGAAUUGGCAAGGAUUCAUGAAUCAGCCUAAUUUAAAUGGAGUGGCUUUUCCUGGAGGCAACAUGCAUGGCAAUCCUAAUGCAAAUGCUGUUCAGCAAUGGAAUCCGAUGGGUGGAUUUAAUGCUCCUGAACAGACUGCGCAGUUUAAUCCCAACCAGUGUUUUGGGCAGUUUGUGCCAGGCACAGCCAAUAAUUUAUCGACUCCAGAGCAAUAUAAUCAGAUGAAUACACCAGAUAACAGGAGGAGGCAGCCUGCAAAAGGAGGCAACUUCCACAGGAGAAAGGGUCCCUGGCACCGACCUAGGCAGUAGACCUUUCUUUCUCUCUCUCUCCCCGUUACAUGUUAAUGUAUUUUCCCUUAUUUAUGAGCGGUUUAUACGAGUAUAUGUUUGAUUGACGGCGUUACGCAAAUGAUUAAUUCCAUUUUCGGUUGCA